AUGUCUCUUGUAACAAAAAAUUUUUUAGUUAUUCCAAUUUUUUUGAUAACAUUUUCAAUAUCAAAUCUUACUGGAACCAUGAUCCAUCCGCCCCACACGAUGCAGAAUCGAACGACGAUCACGAGCCGAAAAAUCGACGAGAGAAAAUUAGUAUUCGUCAAUCGUAUCGAGUGGAGGGCAUCGCCAACAGCACAGGCACCCGAAAAAUUGGACGUUAUUCCCGUUCCAUAUGUUAUGAUUUAUCACACGGGCACGGAAACAUGUUUCGAUAGAGAAACUUGUGAUCAAAUAGUCCGAGAUCUCCAGGCAAAGUAUUCGAUGGGCUAUCCCUUGAAUCGAGACAUCGGAUACAACUUUGUUAUCAGCGGUGACGGUAACGUCUACGUCGGACGUGGAUGGCACGCUGUGGGUGCUCACACAAUCGGACUCAACAGAAAAAGUCUGGGGAUCGGUUUAAUUGGGACCUUUUACGAUAGACCACCUAGUGUAAGACAAAUUCAAGCUCUCGUAGAUCUCAUUCAGUUAGGGGUUGAAAAAUACAAAAUUGCUAGAGAUUUUAAGUUUUAUAAUUAUCCUCCAAUGGCUUUACCCUUUAAUUCUGCAAUUGAAAUACUCAACUUCGACGAAAUUAUAAGCAGUGAUGAAAAAUAGGCCCCAUUAAACGGAAGGAGAAAAAAAGUGUUGGAAAAUCCAAAAUUGCACACCUCAAUCGCUCAUUUCAUUUUUAAUCAUUAUUUUUAUUUUUUUUUUAUGAAUUUUUUUAUUCAACUUUUAAAUUAUUAAUUUGAUUUUUUUAUUUCUUUAUUUCAGUUUAAUUUUUUUUUUUAUUUAAAUUUUUUCUAAAUAUCCCGCAUUUUUGUUGUAGAUGUCGCUCUUUUUUUUCAAUCCUACUGUUUUACGCUAGUGCUGCUGUCAGUAGUUAAUGGGGAGAAAAAAAAGAAAACAAAAAUUUACUUUUGUAAUAAUAACAAUAGUAAAAAUAAAAAUGGCCGCUAAACUUUUCGUGAAUAAUCAGUCUUAUUAUUAUAUUUAAUUACAAUUAAACUAAAUGGAUUUAGACAGUAAUUUUCAAUAGGGUUCUUGCGAUCAAAAAUACAAAGAUAAUAAAAAAAAAGUUAGGCCGAUUAAUUGUUUCUAUCGCGAGUUAUUUGGUUUACUAAGUUUCAUACAGGACAAUUGACAACUCGUGUCACUGGGAUUAAAAUAAUUUAUAUUUAAUUAAUGGAAUAAUUAAUCGACUUAAUAUUGGGUCGAAGUUAUUCUUUAAUAAAUUGUCUUUGUGUUGGUAUAAAAUUUGACCCAUUUUAGUGUAAUCGAAAAAAUCUAGAGAUAAUUUAAUGUGAGUGAAUGAGUCAAAAAAUUUAGAGCGAUCAUAAAGCACACCAGCGCUUUCGCGCUUGAGGUGUGCAAUAAUCUCCAAGUUAUUAAUAAAUUUGAUUAAAUAAUCAUUAUGUCUGUAAAGCAA